UCUGAUAGAGUAGGCAGGAACACCAAACCUUCAUCACUGCCAUGGCUUCUUCAAUUCUCUCCUUCUCCUCCCCAAUCCCAACCAGAAAUCUAACCCUUCAGCAUCCCUCUACCCAAUUCAAGGUAAGCUUUACUCCACAUUGUGCAAAUUUUUUUGUUUAUUUUUCCCGCUUUCAAAGUCUCAAUCUUCUUAUCGGUAUCUUGAUAUGCGAACAAAAUCCAGAAUCUCUUAUCACUUCUGCUCAUCCGUUCAUCUUAACGAUUUUCAGGGGAAUGUGAAGUUCUUGAAGCCAAACCCAAGUUUGGGUUUUACCUCAAGUGUCAAAAUUGUGCAUUCAAAUACUUCUAACCGACGAGCACCCUUCGUAGUGCGGAGCCAAACCAGUGCAGGGUCUUCAAUUCGAGCUCCUCCUUCACUACAAGGUGUUCGGUUUAGGUUGAAUAACUUGGGGCCUCAACCUGGGGCGACCAAGAAAAGGAAAAGAAAGGGUAGGGGUCACUCUGCAGGGCAAGGGGGAAGCUGUGGUUUUGGGAUGAGGGGUCAGAAAUCAAGGUCUGGUCCUGGAGUUAUGAAAGGGUUCGAAGGUGGUCAAAUGCCUCUCUACCGAAGAGUUCCCAAGCUUAGAGGAAUUGCUGGAGGUAUGCACGCGGGAUUACCAAAGUAUUUGCCCGUGAAUCUGAAAGACAUUGAAGAAGCAGGAUUUCAAGAGGGUGAAGAAGUAUCUUUGGAGUCUCUGAAAGCAAAGGGUUUGAUUAAUCCAUCUGGAAGAGAAAGAAGACUUCCUUUGAAGGUACUCUUACUAUAGAUGAAGCUUGAAAUCGCACAAAAACAUAUAAACAUGCGUAUGCAAAUUCAUAGUUGUGGCCUGAACAAAUCUCAAUGAUGAAAUGGUGAAAAACAGCACUUUAGGACAGUUGAGAAUAAUGGUACCCCCUCCAUUCCAAAAAAGGAGAGUUUGUUAAGCUACCAGACUCUUUUUUGGGCGGGUACAUCUCCGAUCAAAUUGUUGCUCUAUGGUGUAAUAAUGUUGCUCAAAAGUGCAAUUUCACUGCCUGUGCUUUAGAUAUUAAAUACUUACGAAUGAGAAUGUUUGCUUCCAACACUUAAAAUUAUCAUCUUCUUAAUCUAGUCUUUUAAGAAGUUUUUCCGUUUUCUUCUGCAAGUGAGAUUCUUGAUAAUCCUUUAUCAUUCUGAUUGUAAUGCUGUUUUACCGCAUGAUCAGUUCCCUCUUCUGUUAUUAUGUUCCCUCGUGUAUUCUUAUAGGGUGAGCUGCUGUAAAUAUUUUGCAAACUGUUCUCUUUAUAAUACACCUGCGUGGAAUGCAAGCAGAUUCUCAGUUUUUGAGGAAGUCUUAAUUUAAUAAUAGUAAAAUUAUUCAUCACUAUCCUGUGCUGAUUGUUUUUCUCCAUCUUCCUCUUGAACAAGCAUGGAUAUUAAUCAUUUGCUCCUAAAGUCAGAUGGAAUUAAUAAAGUUUAAGUAUCUGGGUGAUGUAGCUUCCCUGUCCAUGUUGUCAAUUGAAGCAAUAAAAACACUUUAUUCGACAGCAGCAUUUCAGGCAGUUGAAUCAAAUUUGUUACUUUUAAUCCUGCACGAUGUAAAUUGAUUCUAAAGAACACCUUGUAAAAACUGUUCCUUUUGUGUUGGGUUUGUGGCUGUGUGUUCAUCUGAAUCUUAUCUCUGCUUAGUACUAUGCUGACCAUUAUUUGAGUUUGAGCUUUGGUCUGCAUUCCUGUUUACUUGUUUGCUCUAAGGCAUGAUUACCGUGAACAGUUAAUUACCAUUUCUAUACAAGUAUGAGAAUUUAGAACCCACCAAGGAGGCAUGCAAAAAACAGAACAGUCAAUUUAGUGGUGGUGAUUGAUUCUUCUUUUAUGUUGGCACUGGCUGAAAAGCUUGGACCUGCCAACAACGCAGCAAGCCUAACAAGCCUUUUUUUGUUUUUGUUUUUCUUUUUUCAUUAUAAUUCAAAUCUGCAACGGGUGCUCAAAGCUCGGAACAGUUUGUUCAGCUUUAGCUGAUACCAAUUUUUGUUUCAGAUAUUAGGUGAUGGAGAGCUGAGCGUGAAGCUAAACAUCAAAGCCCGAGCCUUUUCGGCAUCAGCAAAGGAGAAGCUUGAAUCUUCUGGAUGCUCGUUGACUGUUCUUCCUGGACGAAAGAAAUGGGUGAAGCCAUCGGUGGCCAAGAACCUGGCUCGUGCAGAAGAAUACUUUGCAAAGAAAAGAGCUGCAGCUGCGGCGGCGUCAGCUGAUUCCUGAAAAUCUCUUUUUGGGCUAACCUCACAAUGAGAUGUUGUUGUCACUUUGGAAAUAGAUGUAAAGCAAAACUAUUCACGACAUCUAGAAUCUUUGCCAUCUUACUUUCAUAUCCCUUUUAUAAUGAGAAGAAUAUUAGCAACUUUGCAUCAGCUGUUUCUCGGUGGAUCCGAUGGGGUGAAAUUUUGUUGAUUCUUUUUUUGUUUGUGGUCCACUUGGGUAGCUGCAAAUUGGUGACUUCUUACCUCUUGGGGAUGGAUUUAUGACCAAACAGCAAAUACCCAGGGAAUGUGGAGCUGCAACAUAAUGGAAGCAAGCUCAGGGGAUGAUGGAUAAUGGGAUAAUAUCCACUCUCCGUCACAAGAUUAUGAUCCUUAUAUUCCCCAUUUUCUGAUUUCCCAAGUUAAAAGAACAUGCAUCUUGUCGAGCUGCACUUCUUCUAUACUUAUAUAUAUAUUCGUUAACAGAAAGAAUUGUUCUUACGCAGUCAUCACCCUAAGAACUACUUUCAGUUUAGAAAGUAAGAAAGCAAUUUUUUAUGCGUCCACUUGGAAUCAACUGGGGGUAC